UACGGCGCAGUCACGGUAGGUUGAGCCGACUGAGGUCCAUAGAAAUUUGACAGCUUCACAGGUGAGACAACCGUCCAGAGGCUGUUUCACUUUAGCUUCCAGGUUUUUUUUUUCUCUCGGAACUCUAUUCACUGUGAGCCUGGGGUUGCCACAGUCAAAAAACAACCAUUCGAAGUCUAAUCAUUCCGGCAGCAUGAGCAAAAAGAAAAAGGACUGGAAGACUGAAAAAGAGAGACUGCUCCAUCUAAGUUUGGAUGACAGGCGCAAGGAGUAUCGUCGUCAAGAUUUCAUUUCUCUGGACAAGAUACUAACCUGGAGAGAGAAAAACAGAUGUGAUGACCAAGAAGAUGGGAAGGAGGUGACAGGCAGAGGAGGGCUGAGUGAUAAAGUAUCUCUUUACAAAGGAGAUAUUACUGUCUUGGAGGUGGAUGCCAUAGUCAAUGCUGCAAACUCCAGUCUUCUGGGAGGAGGCGGAGUUGAUGGCUGCAUACACAAAGCGGCUGGGUCCUGUCUGUAUGACGAGUGUCACUCGCUAAAUGGCUGUGAAACCGGCAAAGCCAAGAUCACCUGCGGCUAUGAUCUCCCUGCAAGAUAUGUGAUCCACACCGUGGGGCCGGUGGCCAGAGGUCAUGUGGGCCCUACAGAGACUAAUGACCUCACCUCCUGCUACCAGAACUCCCUCGACCUGAUGAAGGAGCAUGACUUGAAGACUGUGGCCUUCCCAUGUAUAUCCACAGGCAUCUACGGCUUUCCCAAUGAGCCUGCAGCUGACAUUGCUUUGAAAACAGUAAAACGCUGGAUCGAAGACAAUCCUGAUAAGAUCAAACGGGUCAUUUUCUGCGUCUUCCUCGAGACUGAUUUUGCCAUCUACAAGAAGAAAAUGUCUGUCAUGUUUCAAGACAAUGACAUGGAGGUUACAGAGGAGCCGCCGAAGGAAGAUAACACAAAACCACCUACCAAAGCAGCAACCGAGGAAGAGAGCGAGGACGGCACCAGAGGUACAGAGGGAGGAGGUGAUGAAGAUAACGGUGACAAUGAUGAACCUCAAGAUGUGGAGAUGGAGAGUCAGAGUCAAGAUGGUGAUCCAGCAAACGCAGAGCAAAACCCAGAACAGUGCGACAGUAAGAAUGAAGUUCAAAAGAAAGAUGGCGAUAAAGACACCGAU